CAGGCUUCAUGUGAGAUAUUUUGUGUUGAAAGAAAUAUUUAUUAAAAAAAUUUUGUUUUUAUUUAAUUAAGAAAAAUGUCAUUCAUUCGAAAUACACUCAAAACAGUUUUACUUUCUUCCCAACUGAAAUCUUACCCUCAAUUAAAUAACACACGAAGUAUAAAAAGAUGGGUAGCUCCAACAUUACGUGAACUCCGUCGUCGACGAGAAAAACUCGGACCAGAAUUACCAGAACCCCGAUCGCAGUUUCUCGAUUGGAACUACAGUGCCGAAUUGUAUGCUUUUGGUAAAAGAUUAAACGAAGAAUUCGACCAAUCGUCUCUUCAGUCGGCCCUAACCAAUAGAUCGUAUAUUAUUCAAGAGGAAAACCAACAACGUGAAGUUGGCAUUGAGGAGCCCCAAGUUAAUUUAACCGAUAAUACCAAACUAAUGGAAAAAGGUGCUGCAAUAGUUGCCGAUUACAUUGAUGCCUUCCUCAGAUAUUCACUACCCAAAGUUCCAGAAGAAGGUAUUAAGGCAUUUGCGGCAUAUCUUAUGUCAGAAGAUACCCUCGCUCAUGUAUCACGACACUUGGGACUUACCGAACUGGUAUUUUCCGGCGAAUAUCCACCCUCGAACGAAACUAUGGCAAGAAGUUUACUUGCUGUAAUAGGUUCGUUGCAGGAAUCUUCAGGUUCAGAGAAGGCAUUUAGCUUUAUUCGAGAUUUCAUCUGCACACAGCUCAAUCAAAAAGAUCUUAGUGAACUUUGGGUCAUUGAGGAUCCGGUAGAGUAUUUGAAGUCAAUUUGCAAGGAUUUAAAACUCGCUGAACCUGAACCAAGACUUAUUGGUGAAGCUGGAAAGAAUACCGUUCUUGCGGCCUAUCAAGUCGCCAUUUAUUCAAAUAAAGUACAAAUUGGUCAAGGCUUUGGAGAAGACACCCAAACAGCAAUUCAAGUAGCUUCACUCGAUGCUCUACGUUCUUUGUUUGGAAUUCAGGAAAAUAUGACACCUUUUAAUUUUGAAAUUCAAGUUGACCAACUAUCAACCGCCAAAGCAGCGAAGCGACUUCAAAAAUAAAUAAGUCAUCAAAAAAAUAAAACAGAACUUUAAUAAACUAAUUAAUAAUAAAAGAUAAUAUGUACGUAUGUUGAACAAUAA